CAAAUUGCGCUGUCUUUCGCAAAUUUUGCCCAUUUCACCUUCCUCUCAUUUCCACCCAAUUCUCAAAAGAGAGAGAAAGAGAGAGAGAAGCUCCCUCUCUUUCCUCUUCCAAUAACUGCGACAUUUUUUAAUUCUUCCCAGCUUCAAACAAAGUCCAGAAGUUUCUUCUUUCAAUCCCCAGAUCGGGCUUCUGUUUUCCAUCGGCUCGAUUCUAUCAGAUCUACUUGACCCCUUCUUACUGCUCAUUUUUGCACUCCAAUUUCUGGGUUGCUGCUCAAACAGUUGAUUCAGCUCUCUUUUUUUCGUCCUUAGUCUUCAUGGAACGUGCAUUCACCAGAACGUUACUACUGUCUACUGAUAUACAGAUCAUUGAUCUUCUUGCUAUGGGAAGUAGGGGUGCUUCUGCUUGUUGCUGUAACUGAAAUUACCGGCUAGGAUGAAGAAGGCCUUUGAUCAAACCGUUAGGGACUUAAAGAGAGAGGUCAAUAAGACCGUGCUCAAAAUUCCUAAAAUAGAGCAGAAGGUUUUAGAUGCUACUAGCAAUGAGCCUUGGGGUCCUCAUGGAACCCUUCUUGCAGAUAUAGCACAGGCAACUAGAAAUUAUCAUGAAUAUCAAUUGAUCAUGGGAAUACUCUGGAAGCGGAUUAAUGAUACUGGCAAGAAUUGGAGGCAUGUCUACAAGGGUUUGACUGUUUUGGAGUACUUGGUGGGUCAUGGGUCGGAGCGUGUCAUAGAUGACAUUAGAGAACAUUCAUAUCAGAUAUCGACCUUAUCAGAUUUUCAAUACAUCGACUCCAGUGGGAGGGACCAGGGUAACAAUGUGAGAAAGAAAUCUCAAAAUCUUGUUGCCCUUGUAAAUGAUAAAGAAAGAAUUAUUGAGGUCAGACAGAAAGCUGCUACUAAUCGGGACAAGUUUCGCAACGCGUCAUCUAUGGGCAGUAUGUAUAGACCAAGUUCAGGGGGAGGAUAUGAGGACCGCUAUGAAGGACGAUAUGGAAGCCGUGAUGGAGACAGAAGUGUUGACUCCUAUGGAAGGGAAAGAGAAUAUGGUUAUGAUCAUUCUGGCAGAAAUGAGGAGUCAUACGGCCGUGACAUGGAUCGCUAUGGUCGUGAUUAUGAAGAACGCUAUAACAGAGAUGGUUAUAGGGAUGAUGAUUAUCGGGGAAGAAGCCGAAGCAUUGAUGAUCAGUAUGGUUCAAGGAGCAGGAGCUCUGACAGAAAUGGAGAACGUACAUAUGAUGAUGAUGGUCAAAUUCCUUCUCGCAACAGUGGUGCUAGAGCUGAAGAGAAAUCUCAGGAUGGAAGUAGGCCGCUUGAACGUAAAUUUUCAGAACAGAAUAUUGGUGCUCCUCCUAGUUAUGAAGAAGCUGUGAGUGAAUCUGGGAACACUGUGCCUAGUCAAAGGGAUGUCGCAGCGCCAGCAACUACUGCUUCAAGAGCUUUUCCUCCUCCCUCAUCAAGUACUCCAAGCCAGCUACCUACUCAGGGAACUACUGGAUCCCCGCGUACCCAGGAAUUUGAUGGUUCUGAUGAAUUUGACCCCCGUGGUUCUAUUCCAGCUGCUCCAACCACCUCAAACAGUUCGAAGACAGAUUUGCUCGACGCCUUAGCCAUAGUGCCUGUUGAACCAGUAACAUCAACGGUGGAUCCUGAGCUUCAUACUCAGACUAGCUCUGGUUUGGGUCCCCAUACUCAAAAUCAGACUUUUGAAGACCCAUUUGGUGACUCACCUUUUAAAGCCAUUUCUUCCUCUGAUGUCCAAAGUCAAGCACAUUUUCACCGUGGGCAGUCAUUUUCUGCACCAACUUAUUCCGCAACAGAUGUACCUGUUCAAUCACAAGCAAACUUGCACCAUCCUCGCGAAGAGUCUCUACAAGAUCAAAACAUCGGUGUACUGGCCAAUCUCCUUCCUCCUGAAUCUUUACCUGCUGCUGUUUCACAGCCCAGACUUGCAAUAUCUAACAGCCCACCAGUACAGCCACAUUUUCCAGUUGUAACUGGGGAGCAUUUUCCGCAAGACAUUGGAAAUGUAGCUCCUGUGAAUUUUCAAAAUCAAACAGUACCAGGAAGAGAGUUCAACAAUGGGAUGUUCAUUCCACAGCCACAGGGAGGGACCCCAGCUCAUGUCAAUUCAUAUAUGGCUCCUCCAAAUACUUCACUUAAUAAUACACGGCCCAACAAUUUUGGAUCUGCUCAGGAUGGUUCUGUAGCUCCCACAAGUUCUCACGUCACGCUUCAAACUACAGGACCGCAUACUCAGUUUGCUGGCGGGAACUUCAAUCUGCCACAGGGUUCUGUAGUAGCUCCAGUAGCUUCUCAAGCAUCUUACCAAGCCCAAAACUCUCCCGUUGUAAAAUCUAACACCAAUUUUACGGGUAGUUUUCAUCCUGAAGCAGGAGCUUACACAUCCAUGGCUUCCCAGCAAAUUCCUCCUUCGGCUGGAUCACUUUCAACUGCAUCUCAAGCUUCAAAGAACAAGUUUGAGACCAAAUCUACAGUAUGGUCUGACACAUUAAGCCGAGGGCUUGUCAAUCUAAACAUAUCUGGACCUAAAGCCAGCCCAUUGGCAGAUAUUGGUGUUGAUUUUGAAGCCCUCAAUAGGAAGGAGAAGAGGAUGGAGAAGCCUAGUACAGCUCCAGUUGUAUCUACCAUUAACAUGGGUAAAGCCAUGGGAUCUGGUUCUGGGAUAGGCCGAGCCGGUGCUGGUGCACUAAGGCCUCCGCCAAACGUAAUGUCGGGUUCAGGUAUGGGCAUGGGUAUGGGAAUUGGAAUGGGUGGCAUGGGGAUGGGUAUGGGUAUGAGCCCCAAUCCUGGCAUGGGCAUGGGUAUAGGUAUGAGAGGCUAUGGAGGUAUGAAUCAACCAAUGGGUGGCAUGGGGAUGAAUAUGGGUAUGGGGCAACAAGGAGUCCCGAUGCAGCAACCUCGAGCGAACAUGCCCGGAGUAUACAACCCAAUGAUGGGUGGUGGUGGCUAUGCCCCUCAACAGCCACCGUAUGGCGGGUACCGAUGACAUAUCAGACUAUCUUUUUAGAGUUGUGGCAGAGCUGCUGCUUGUUUACCAGGUUGAUAAGAUGAGAUUAGAUAGGACACAGCAUUAAAAAUAUUCGAAGGUCUGCAUCCAACCCAAGAUUUUAUUACUUUUCAAUCUAAUAUAUUUCCAUCUGAUCGUCAUUGUAUUCUCCCAGAUCAUCUCCUGUUACUCAUUCUUUGUGGGUUGAGUGUUCUGCUUUGAAUUUUGUGUGUAUGAAUGAGGUUAAUCUCUGUUAUCAUUUCCCUUUUCACUUUCUGGUGAUUGUAUAUUUGAUUGAAUACAAAUUAAAGAAUAAAAUACGAUGGUCAAAGUUUAUGUCU